UUAGCAUCCGGGCUGCGGGGCGUCUCUUGGAGGGCUCGGGCCCGUCCGCCCUGAGGAGGGGCCAAGUCCCCUCCCCGAGCUCUUGAAAAACCCGCCUGUGGUGGAGUCAGCUCAGGACUGCUUAGGGUCUUUGAGGGUCAGGUACAACUGUCCCUGAAGCUAGGUCACAUUGAAGUUUGGAACAGGGAGUCUUGCCCCUUCAUUCUUUCUGUUUCUUUCUGUGGAACCGAAAACCUCGGUAAAUUUGCCUUUGGAACAGACAGUAGGAGAGGUGUCAGAGUUUUCCAUUUAGAUCGACAACUUCAAAUUCUCAGCAUGGAAAACUCAGAGAAGACAGAAGUGGUUCUCCUUGCUUGUGGUUCCUUUAAUCCUAUCACCAAUAUGCACCUCAGGCUGUUUGAGCUGGCCAAGGACUACAUGAAUGGAACAGGAAAAUAUGAAGUUAUCAAAGGCAUAAUUUCUCCCGUCGGCGAUGCAUAUAAGAAGAAAGGACUCAUCUCUGCCCAUCACCGAGUUAUCAUGGCAGAACUCGCCACCAAGAACUCAAAAUGGUUGGAAGUUGAUACAUGGGAAAGUCUUCAACAGGAUUGGAUAGAGACUGCCACGGUGCUAAGACACCAUCAAGAGAAGCUGGAGGCCAGUAGCUGUGAUCACCAGCAGAACUCACCUGUACUGGAAAGACCUGGACGGAAGCGGAAGUGGGCUGAACAAAGACAAGAUUUUAGUCAAAAGAAAUCACUAGAGCAAACAAAAACAAAAGGUGUGCCAAAGGUGAAGUUGCUGUGUGGAGCAGAUUUCUUGGAGUCUUUUGGUGUGCCCAAUCUGUGGAAGGGUGAGGAUAUCACCAAAAUCGUGGGAGACUAUGGGCUUAUAUGUGUUACUCGGGCUGGAAAUGAUGCUCAGAAAUUCAUCUAUGAAUCCGACGUGCUGUGGAAACACCAGAACAACAUUCACCUGGUGAAUGAAUGGAUCACCAAUGACAUCUCAUCCACAAAGAUCCGGCGAGCCCUCAGAAGGGGACAGAGCAUUCGCUACUUGGUACCAGACCUUGUCCAGGAAUAUAUUGAGAAGCAUAGUUUGUAUAGCUCCGAGAGUGAGGAGAGGAAUGUUGGGGUGAUCCUAGCUCCUUUGCAGAGAAAAACUGCAGAAGCUGACACAUAAGAAAUUCUCCAGCAUGGUAUUGUGGACUUCCCUUUUGGGAAUUUGAAACAGUGUGGGUGUUAGUAAAUGGGGGAAGGAAUUGUGAUCCUCUUUAAUAAAUUAAAGUUUAAAAGGUUGGUUAAAAUCAGUAGUAAUUUAAAAUCAGGUUUAUCUUUUUAUCAGAAGUUACUAAGAUGAAUGAUUUCAAUUUUUUUUUUUAGGAAUAUACAAAUCCCUUUAUCUUUAAAACAAGAGAUUAGUAGCAGAACUAAUUGUAGAAGAACAUUGUAGAAGAACAUUCAAUCAAACUAACUACAAAAAGAAUUCAGAAAAGACAUCCUGGCUUUACCACAGAAAGAGAAGUAAAGUAUGAAAAGUAAAGAGACCAUUUAAGAUCCUAAUUUUAGUUACGAAAGGAAUGAACAUUUUAUGCAUGCCUUUCUUCCUGGGCAGCCCUCACUCAGGGUGGCCAAAGAAUUCUUAAAAUAGUGAUCUUGUAAAAUGCAUCACUGAUCAGAUCUCCAGCUGUGCAAAAUACCGGCUGUGAAGUCCUGGCGGAAACUAUGCCAGUAGUUGGUUCUCUCCAGCACACAUCAGAAGGCCAGUGAAGCUUUGCUAGGCACGCUUGCCUGAAGCCCCAGCUGUAGAGGCAGGGGGACGGGUCCGAGCCCUGGAAUGUUUAGAACGGUACACGGGUGUUUCUGACGCCCUUGAGAGGCAGGGAGCCUCUGCCUUCCCCAUGUUAUGCACAGAUUCUCUUAGCACACCCCUGUUGUGGCUCGUGGUCCAGCCCUGGCCAUCUGCCAUCUCUGUAUAGAAGGGAUGUCGUGCUACCUGAAACAGAGAGAACCACAGAGAAUGAGAGAUCUCACUCAAGGAUUUUGUGAGAUGUGAAUGCUCUUAGCCUUUACUGGUAGCUUAAUCAGAUGGUGAAAGGACAUGAGAAAUGCCGCACUGGACCAGCCCAGCAGUUCCUCUUUUUUUGUGUGGCUGCGUUGGGUCUUCGUUGCUGCGCACGGGCUUUCUCUAGUUGCAGCGAGCGGGGGCUACUCUUCAUUGUGGUGCGCGGGCUUCUCAUUGCAGUGGCUUCUCUUGUUGCGGAGCACGGGCUCUAGCCGCGCAGGCUUCAGUAGUUGUGGCACGUGGGCUCAAUAGUUGUGGCAUGCAGGCUCAGUAGUUGCGGCACACAGGCUCUAGAGCACAGGCUCAGUAGUUGUGCUGCACGGGCUUAGUUGCUCCGUGGCAUGUAGGAUCUUCCCAGACCAGGGCUCGAACCCAUGUACCCUGCAUUGGCAGGCAGAUUCUCAACCACUGCACCACCAGGAAAGCCCCCCAGCAGUUCCUUUAGCUCAGAAUUUUGGUUCCUGAUGAAUGGCUUGUGGAAGAAAUCUCCACAGCCUCAAUCUAAAACUCCCGAGUUUCUGAAGACCCCUGCUGUUUCUAUUCCAGCCCACUGUGAACCUGCCAUUUGUGGAUUUAAGCAGAAAAAGAGUCUGUUUUCUUAUACUUUUUCUCUUCUUGUCCUUUUGUAGGAACUUUACCCAAAGUAGAACACUCAAAUAAUAAUUGAAGUCAUAACGUUAUGUUAAAAACACAAACUUGUUAUAUGGUUUGCUACUGAUUAAAAUUUUGUGGAAGUUUUACCAAUUAAUAAAGCAAAAAGACCAGAAAUAGCUUUUUCUAGAAUAGUUUUAUGGUUCAUGAAAAUCACUCUGUGAUAGAAAGAGGACUAAAGUUAAAUUUCUAAUGAAAGUAGAAUAGGGACUUCCCUGGUGGCACAGUGGUUAAGAAUCCACCUGCCAGUGCAGGGGACAUGGGUUCAAGCCCUGGUCUGGGAAGAUCCCACAUGCCGCGGAGCAGCUAAGCCCGUGCACCACAACUGCUGAGCCCUCGUGCCACAACUAUUGAAGCCCGUGUGCCCUAGAGCCUGUGCUCCACAACAAGAGAAGCCACCGCAGUGAGAAGCCCGUGCACGGCAGUGAAGAGUAGCCCCCGCUCGCCGCAACUAGAGAAAGCCCGCGCGCAGCAACAAAGACCCGAUGCAGCCCUCAAAAAUAAUAAUAAUAAUAAUAAUUUUAAAGGAAGAAAGUAGAAUAAUUUACCUUUACAUACCUACAUCUAAUAAUUUACAUUUCAUACCUACAGCACUCUAAAGGAUUUAUACCUCUGCAGAAGAAAAAAAUGUACUUAUACCUGUGCAGUUGGCUAGUCAGAUCUGAAGCCACCAUUUAAAAAAGGAAAAUGUUAAAUAAAGUUGGCAAAUGUAAAUUCUA